AUGCAACCAGAGCCAACUCCCGUGUCUCAAAAUACGCCCCCCGUUGACUCAUCCCCGAUCAAUCUCUGCUCCACCCAGCAUGGACAUGACCUCGAUGACGCUGAAGUCUCUGGCCUUCCUCGAAAGGAAGCCAGAGAUUCCUCAGACGUCUCGAGCAUGCCAACACAAGACAACCUCACGUCCCUGAACGACGACCGUUCAGCCCCACCAUCCGCUCGAGUGAACCAGCAAGUAAAUGCCGGGUCUCCCCCAAGAAAAUCAAACGAAAAUGUGCACCGGGUAGCGUUCGCGGAACCUUCCGAGACAGCUAUUGAGACUUUCCCAAAUGAGGUCCUCACCCACAUACUAUCGCAUCUAUCUCCCGAAUCCUUGUCCGCCAUAACUUUGGUAUCACGCCGAUUCCAUGCGCUAGUGACGACGCCUCAUGCGUGGAGAGUCGCUUUCUCUCGCUUUUUCCCCGGACCUCGAACCGUUGAAGACGGUCGGCGCAACGCGGUUAAUGAGGCGGACUUCCAGUCAGACAGGCGGUUCUUCGCCAGGCUAACUGCGUUGGCAUCCUGGCGCAGCGAGUAUAUCCUACGUACUCGUUUGAUGCGAUCGUUGUCGCGGGGUAAGCCAGCGCAGUUCGAUCCCACCAAGGCUGGCAAUGUACGCUCAGUGCGCGCUCGUCAUGGAAGCGCUGUGGCGACAUACACUUCGCAGCUCCAGUACCCGGUUAGUCACAUCCAUGCGACCUUCAGUGCCGAAAAGGAUCCUCUCUUUAUCCAUGGUGCGGCAGAGCAGGGUGUUGCAUCUGCAAGUGACCCAUCAACCGUGAAGGUUGGCACCUGGGGCAUUUCAGACCAUCAAAUGUUCCGCCAUUUCGCCGACCUGUUUCCCGGGGAGGCUCAGUAUGGCCUCGGUUCGGGUGAUUUGGUUGGCAUGCCCAAUGUCAUGGAUGUCAGCCAACCAUAUGGUAUGAUAUACGGCGAAGCAUGUCCGCAAGGACGUAGCUACUUCAUCUCAACGACGGAGCAGCGCGGCCGUUUCCUGGGAGCGUCAGAAUUGGGCUCUCAUCCCUCACUCGGCAUUCCUGCCAUCAACCUGAUUACGCAGGCGACCUGCUCGGUGUGGAUUGCGAAAUCCUCUAAUAUGCUGAAAAUGACCCAAGGGCUGAUCGGUAUGCUGUCUGGCUCAUCGUCGGGUGUGGUGACUGCCUAUUCCAUCGGGCCUCAUCCUGUGUACGACAAACGGUACGCACCGGGCCAGGUCACUGCCAGAUGGGUUCUGAGCCCGGGUGUGCCCAUCAUCAGCAUUGCAGUGGAUGAGCAAUUCUCACCCAAACGGCACUCAGACCGCCGCAUUUGGGCUGUUGCGCUGAAUGCCCUUGGCGAAAUAUUCUAUCUGACUGGGCUUCCUCGGGCUCCGGAAAUCCCACUGACGGCGAAGCUCAAUGCUGAGCAACUCGAUGAGAUCGCUUGGAUGACCGGCAGGACCGUUUUUUGGGAUAUGGUUGAAGCCAGCCGACGCGUGGCCCGUCCUGAUCCAUUCAAUCGCGAAUUGGUCGAUGGAAGCUAUAGUCCGCGAUCAUCUUCGAAUUCCAUGGGUCUCAGCGAAACUCAGAUCGCCGCUGAAACCAAGGAGAUCGAGAAGUUCAUUUCUUUCAAACCCAAAUAUUUCCGCAAGGUUUGUGAGAGCUGGGAUAUGGAGCGUGAUCUUAAAGUGGACUUCGCGGGUGGUGAUGGCCCCGAGGCCGGCGAGUCUAUUAUUGUAAUUGCUCGUGGCUCGAGCGAAGACAAGAACGCGUCGAUUCGCCGCUUCACGCGCAUCCCCUCUCGGUCUGAUUCACGUUCUUCGAGUACACCAACCCCGCCCCUCCAAGCUACGGAACAUCCAAAAUCAAUCUUCGGCGGCCCUGUCAAUGUUCCAGCCCCGCAGCCUCCUACCAGUCUUCCGCCUUCUCGGGCCUCAACUCUGUCGAAGGUUAACUCAAAUCAGUUCGAGUGGCGUAUCUCCGAGUUUGUUUUUGGCGAUCGCAAGUCUGUGGAAGUCAGCACGAGCGCGCUAGAUGUCUCUUCUUUUGCGACACUCACUGUGCAAGAGGAUCCUCUUCUGGCAAUGUCUGGAAGCUCCUAUUCGUCCGCCUCAUCGUCUCCCAUGUUACCACAUAUGGAUCAGCCGCGGUCUGCAUUGGAGGUUCCUGGGCAACGUGCUAGAUACCUGGCGGUCGGAACAAGUACGGGCUCCGUGUUUGUUUGGGACAUUCGAACGCCGGCGGCAAGGUCAGCCGAUGUAGUCAAAUGCGUUUCUCCACUGCGCAUCAUUCAUACGGAGUCGCCCAUGAUAUCAUGUUUGGCUAUCACCUCGCUGUACCUGGUACACGGUGGCAACGAUGGCCUUGUCCAAGCCUGGGAUCCCCUGGCGUCUUCCACCAAGCCCAUUCGCACAAUCAGUUCUCGCUUUUCCCAGCGCGCCCGUCGUCAGCUUGUACAGGCAGAAGCUUCUGUCCAGGGGGUUGGCAACAACUACUAUGCCACGGGGGCUGUCUGUCUCGACACAGACCCGACGAUCCUUCGCGGUAUGGUGUCUCUAGGCACACACCUACGCUACUGGUCCUAUAGCUCCACUGGUGCCGAUAAGUACAAGACCAGCAAGCGCCGCCUGCGGCGCCUCAUGCGGACGGGCAACGGAGGCGGAGAGGGUCAACGUUUCAACAACAGUGGCCGAGGUGCAAUCGAAGACUUCAUUGAAGAUGAGCGAGUAGAGAUGCAACGCCAGAAGAUUGCAGAUGAGAAAGAACGAGCACACCUGAGUGCACGAUUCGGCGUCGACCUACUGGGCUCGGACAUCGACGAAGAACAGCUCCUCGCAUAUGCCCAACUGCUCAGCGAGGAAGCCUUUUCCAGCGAUGUCGCCAAGGCGAACGACGGCGCCGCAAUAUCAAGCUCAGUGACCAGUACUUCGUUCGAGACCGUCGGGCCUAGCUCUCUGGGCCCCGGUGAGAUCUCAUCUUCAUCCUCACCGUGCCAAGAUCCUGCAGAUGAGACUGUCGACGAUGAACUUGCGGAGGCAAUUCGUUUAAGCCUCCUUGACGAGCAAACUCCGUCUUAUGAUGCCUCGCCAUCUAUUCCCAUCAAAUACGCCAAGCGUGUGCGGCAUCGUGAUCUAUCGCCUGAAGCGGACAAGGCUGAGGGCAGCAGACAGCAGGAAAUGGAUGAUUUGGAGUUUGCUAUUCAGUUGAGUUUGGCUGAGGGAAAGAGUCGGGAGCAGGAGGAGGAAUGGGAAGAGUUCCCAUCCCUCGCCCCCUCCUCGCCAUCCGGCAAAGGCAAGGGUAAAGCGAGGGCAUAG